GAGAGAGUUGAAGCAUGAAUUCUCUCUCUGUCUCAAAUAAAAACAAGUGGGACACAGCUAUAAUCACAUCACUGCUGCUCAGAAAAGGAGGGGAACAAACAAGAGAUAGACAGCAAUUCAGAAACGGAAAAAGGAAAGCAGGAGAGAGCUGUAAACCAGUGACCUGAAGGUAAAAAGAAAAAAAAAUCCCACAGUAGGUGUAAGACAACCAGCAGAAGAAUACUGUUACCUUCUGAAAGUGCCUCUGAGAAGUCAUGCCCAUUCCCAUGGCAACGAGGACAGUAAUGAUGCUGGCUGUCAUCUUGAUGUUUUUGGCUUCGUCACAUGCGAUGAGCAAUGAGCUGGAAGAUUAUGGCACCUGGAACUAUAGAGAAGGAGCGGAGCACGUGAACGUGGCUAAUGUUCGGAGUGUGACGAGAGUGCUGGACACUUGGGGCAAGCGCAUCUUUAAUGAGAUAAAGACGUUGCUGCACUCCCAGCCCAAUACUCUCCUGCCUGACUACUCAAGAGUACGUCCUCUCUCUGAGUCCCUCAACGAUCUUUUUAGAGAAGUCUCCCACUUACAGAGGCGCAUCACAGACCUUAACAAUCGCCUAGCAACCUUGGAGCCCUUUCUCCGUCGUCAUGGCUACUACAAGGAAGACAAGGAGGCCACUGAAGAAGACCCCCAGAGCCUAAAGGAUACAGGCACGAGUCUGGCAAAGCACCCGCGCCGGUACAGGGCCCGAGUGGCCCGACCCAUGAACAGGAUGGCUCGAACCAGGAGGGUGAGGGUGUACAAGGAUGAAAACGGGAAGGUCAAAGUAAGGGAGAUAGAAAGAUAGGUAGAAAGGAGAGAUAAAGAUAUAUGACAGACAAAGAUAUACAAAUAUAUUAAUAUUUUUAAGGAUAUUAAUGAUAUGCAAAUAUUAUUAAUAAUGUAUUGAAUGUAAUCAGAAAAUUGUCUGUGUCGAAUUGUCACUCAUAAUCAACCUCAUAUAAAUGAAUCAAAUACAGUACCAGUCAAUAGUUUGUACACCCCUACUCAUUCAUAGGUUUUUCUGUAUUUUAAAUAUUUGACAUUGUAGAACAAAACGGAACAUAUAUGGAAUUAAACAAAACAGUGUUAAAAAAACAAAAUACGUUUCAUAUUUUAGAUUCUUCAAAGUAGCCACCAUUUACCUUGAUGAUGCUUUGUAAACUAUUGGCAUUAUCUUAACCAGCUUUAUGAGGUAGUCACCUGGAAAGGUUUUCAGUUAACAGCUGUGCCUCGUCAAAAGUUAAUUAGUGGACUAAUUUCUUACCUUCUUAAUGUGUUUGAGAUCAACCAGUAAAUAGUAAAUAAUAAACCUACAGUAAAUAGCCCUAUUCCACAAUUGCAGUAAUCCAUAUUAUGUCAAGAACCACUCAACUAAGUAAAGAGAAAUGACAUCCAUCAUUACUUUAAGCUAUGAAGAAGUGUCUUUUAAUUAAUAAAAAUAAAGAAAAACUACGUAUUGAAUUAGAGGGCGGGUACAAACUUUGACUGGUAUUGUACAUGAUAUAAUUUACAUGUGCUCUCUCUGCUGGCUGCACUAGUGUAAGCUCAGAUCUCAAAGGUCUAAUCAGAGUUCUCUCACAGAGCAAACUUUAAGCAGCUUUCACUGGUCUGUAACUAACACCUCCAGCAGAGAAAACUUUGCUUAGCCUGUUACCAGUCCCCUGGUGAUCUAACUUUUUGACCAAGUUAAGAUUAAUCUUAAAAACCCUCAAAGAAAAUGUUCUCUUUUUAUAUUGUUAAGUUUGUUUGGACUUUUAGGAUGAGGACUCAACUUAUAACACACAAGUGACAGAGCUCCAGCUGAAUAAACUGCUUCUCAAUAAACACAUGCUGAAACUC